AUGUCAUUUGAGGAUUUGAUCCCAGUGGUCAACAAACUUCAGGAUAUCGUUACUACUACUCAGGUGGCAGAUAUUGAUCUUCCUUUACUUGCGGUGGUUGGUUCACAAUCCUGUGGGAAGCUGUCGGUACUUGAGAACAUCGUCGGGAGAGAUUUCUUGCCCCGCGGUACUGGCAUUGUCACUCGGCGGCCGUUGGUCUUACAGUUGAUCAACAUCAAGGAGGAUGACCCGAUCGUUCACCAAGUACCCCAACAGGAUAUUACCACUUCCAACGGAGAAAUCAACCUCGAAGAUCACUUGCGCAAGUCCAAGGGUGGCGCAUCCCGCACCGCCACCGAAUGGGGGGAGUUUUUGCAUGUACCUGGAAAGCGAUUCUAUCUGUUCAAUGAUAUCAGGGGCGAGAUCGAGCGGGAAACUGCGAGGAUCGCUGGUCAAAAUAAGGGUAUCUCCAGACUUCCCAUCAAUCUCAAGAUAUACUCUACCAGAGUGCUUAACUUAACGUUGAUUGACUUGCCCGGUCUCACUAAGAUUCCUGUGGGCGACCAGCCCAGUGAUAUCGAACGUCAAACGCGCAAUUUGAUCAUGGAAUAUAUCUCCAAGCCCAACUGUAUCAUUUUAGCGGUGUCACCCGCCAAUGUGGAUCUUGUUAACUCAGAAUCGCUUAAGUUGGCUCGUCAAGUUGAUCCUACCGGGAAACGUACCGUCGGUAUUCUUACAAAACUCGAUUUGAUGGAUCAGGGAACCAACGCUGUUGACAUUUUGAAGGGCAAUGUCUAUCCCCUCAAACUUGGAUUUAUUGGUAUUGUGAAUCGUUCCCAACAAGAUAUUGCUGACAACAAGCUGUUAGACGACUCACUCUUUACCGAGCAGCAGUUCUUUGUUAACCAUCCAGCGUAUCGGCUGAUGCUGAACAAGUGCGGUACGAAGUACUUGGCUUCUACACUUAACAAAAUCCUUAUGAAUCACAUUCGUGAAAGAUUGCCCGACAUCAAAGCCAAGCUUAACACCUUGAUGGGUCAAGCUGAGCAGGAACUUGCCCUGUACGGCGACAUCCCACUGGCGCUCACUAGCUCCGGUGAGGCGCGGGGAGCUAUGGUGCUUACCCUCAUGACAAAAUUCGCUAAUUCCUUUGUUCAUCUGAUCGACGGGACUCAGGUUCUGGACUUUAGCACCAAAGAACUUUGUGGUGGUGCUCGUAUUUACCACAUCUACAAUGAGGUAUACGGUAACCAACUUGCAAUGAUUAACCCUACACACAACCUUACAAUCCAAGAUAUUCGGACUGCUAUACGCAAUUCCACCGGACCAAGAGCAUCAUUAUUUGUACCUGAAUUGGCAUUCGACUUGUUGGUGAAGCCUCAGAUUAAGCUUCUCGAAGAGCCGUCGAAACGCUGCGUUGAAUUGGUUUACGAAGAACUUAUGAAAAUAGUCCACAAUGUUUGUUCCCUGAGCAUUGGUCUUGAACUCAACCGUUAUCCCAAACUCCAAGCUAAGUUGAUCGAAGUUGUUCUGGACUUAUUGCGUGAGCGUCUUGGGCCGACCACCAAAUACGUCGAACUGCUUAUUGAAAUACAUCGGGCCUACAUCAAUACUAACCAUCCCAAUUUCAUUGGAGCUGCUCAAGCAAUGAACUCGGUGGUGGAGGAACGCCAAAAGCAGAAAGAGUUGGAGUCCAACAACAAGUUACGCUUGGCUAGCGAGCGGAUUCUCAAAAGCAACCUGACCAAAAAUCAGGACGAAGAGUCGGAGGAAGACAAAGACGAGCUGGAAGACAUCAACUCUGUUGACGACGUAAUCAAAUCGCCCAAGCAUCUGCAAUCUCACCAGAGAACUAGCCUGAGUCUGACGGUACAAAGACUGGUCACUGGAGUUCAUGAAAACCAAGAAUCCUACCUCAAUUACUUCUUUGGUAAAGAUCCUUUGGUUCAUCAACAGCAAUUGCAACAACAAGCUCAACUCAACCCUACUCCAUUCAAAUUCCCUCACCCUCAUGAACAGACAUUGCAGUUCAUUGGAAGCAAUAACUUAGAUGCGCUGAUGUCGAAAUUACUGAUGAAUGAGGACGACUCAACCUCCUUUGAAACCGACGAUACCAUCAAUGAAUUGAGUGAGCGCGAGCAGUUGGAAUGUGAGUUAAUUCGUCGUCUUAUUAUAUCUUACUUCAGCAUUGUGCGCGAGAUGAUUCAAGACCAGGUACCUAAGCUGAUCAUGUGCCUUCUCGUGAAUUAUAUUAAGCAGCAUAUUCAAAAUCGCCUCGUGGUGAAAUUAUAUAACGAGUCGAUGUUCGACGAAUUGUUGCAAGAAGAUGAGAGCAUUCAAGCUGAGCGAGAAAAGUGCAUCGAAAUCUUGAAGACCUAUCGGGAGGCUUCGAACAUUAUCAGCGAUGUUGUCUGA